AUGGCAAUCGGAAACGACCCUCUCCAUGUCAGCGAUGUUAUGGCGGAUGCCCUGAGCCACUUGAACAGAGUGGUGGAGCAUCUGCGAGGCGAAGGUGAAAAUGAAGCAGCGAAUGGUAUCGCACGAGACGUCCACUCCAUGCUUGACACGUUCAAUCAGACUACGGCUCCUUGGUCCAUUGAGAAAUUCCACAUGAACUCUAUCCCUGCCACCAAAGCUCAACUGCUCCCCCAAAAUGGCAGCGCAGCUCGUCCUGCUACAAGAUCCAAUACUUCCUCCACUUGGGCAGCCGUGGCUGCAACCGACAUCCCAAGCAACAAUCGUUUGGUCAAGUUUGGACCAUCCGAUGGAUUAAAGCGACACAUCACCGAGCAAGCCUUGAACAAGGGUCAGCCGCGGGAGGAGGACUUCCGUUGCAUCUGGAUCUACGGCUGGUCCAAAGAUAAGCCCUUGAGCAUGGUGACGGAACGAAUCAGCACCGGUGCCAUCUUUUCCAUGGCAUACGUGGAGCAAUAUGAGGCCGUCUGUGUCAUCUUCCAAUAUUCCGGCGCAGCCAUGGUGUUCAUGAACGAAGAAGCUGAAGCCGUUCAUGACUAUGGCUGUGGCUUGUUCGGACAGGGCCAUGCCGUCAAGUAUGGCGAGCCAUAUCCAGAGAACGAUGACCUUGUUCGAAUGCAGCCCCCGACCAACGAGCGCCGUCGCCUGACCUUUGCUCGUCAACAGCUAUUCACUAAUGGUUUGACUGAGGAGAGAUUCAAGAGGGACCUUACCGAGCUUGUCGGACGACAUAAUGUCGAGUUGGUAUGGCUGUUUAACACUGGCAAUGCUACUGCAGUCUUUUCAUCUACUGUCAUUGCCCGUAUUGUCCGAGACGAGUUUCUUCGUCGUUCGAGGCGGCCUGGGCCCUACCAAGAGGUCCAGGUUGGGUUUUCUCACGACCCCUGCGAACGUCCCAUGAACUUGAUUACCCAAAUACCUUAUCCCGGAGCAGGCCCCCGAGAUCGCAGCAACAGUGGAAAGUCUGGAUCAAGUUGCCGUUCAUACAACCCGAAUGCCGCAAAAUUUAUCCCAGGCGUUGGUGUCCGUGCCCGGAAGGGGACCGACUCUGAUGGUUGGCAGACUGUCCAACGCAAACGCUGA